AUGUCACCGUUCUGUAUUGAGAAGGCAGUGGCAAGUCUGUCAAAGAAUGUAACAGAAAUGAAACGCCUCAGAUCAGGUGACUUGCUGCUUAAAUGCACCUCUGAAAGUGACUGCAAACGAAUAAUAAACGCCAGUGAAAUGAUGGGUACGAAAAUAUCAGCAAGUUUGCACAAGAGCCUCAACAGUAGCCGAUGUGUGGUGUCACUAAGGGAACUGAUUGAUGUUCCACCAGAGGAAAUUCUCGAAAACCUGAAAGAUCUGAACGUGAUAGAUGUGAGGAAAAUAAAGAUAAGGAAAAACAAUGAAUACAUCACAACGCGUAACAUUGUUCUCACAUUCGACUCUCCUACUUUACCUGAAAGACUAAAGGUGGGAUAUCUGACAACCGAAGUGCGGCCAUAUAUUCCCAACCCACUCAGGGGCUUUAAGUGCAACCGCUAUGGCCACCCUUCAGAUGCAUGUAGAGGGUCGGCAUGCUGCGCCCGCUGCAGCAAGCAGGACCAUGACUCUAAACAGUGCGAGGGGCCGGAUCACUGUGUCAAUUGCGCAGGUGAUCACCCUUCGUACUCUAGAUCUUGUCCCAAGUGGAAAUUUGAGAAAGAGGUAAUGCAUAUUAAAGUAACACAAAAGCUGAGCUACCCAGAAGCCAGAAAGAAAGCUUCUCCUGUAUUCUUCCAGAAAUCUUUUGCAACUGUGCUCAAAGAAAAACCGCGAAUGGUCUCAUGUUCAACACAAACAUGUAUCGAACAAUUAGCUCUUUCUCACAUACCAGCUUCUCCUGCAGUAAUAGCUGCAUUCUCUCAAACCUCUUCGGUGGCGUCUUCCUCGCAGGCGCCACCUUCGUCAUCACUAGCCUUGGAGCCUAGCUCCAUGGAUUGUGAUGACGACUUGAGCUCGCAAGGCUCUGUCACGAGCGCGAGCCCCAAGCCCCAAAGGAAACUCAAGGGCAAUCUUUAUGGGAGCAAUAUUUCCCUCCCCGAUAUAUCGCCAAAAGAAUUGGCUGCCGUUCGGAGAAAAGUUCCGAAGCAGCCAAUAACGGGCCCAAAGAAGAAAUAA